UUUUCAACAAUCACCACUACUCCAACUCCUCCACCGACGCGGCGAAGAAGGCCAACCACUCCCAGCAAAUACUUUGUUCCUCCUGUAUUCGGAGAGAAUGGUACGCUGCUGUUCGGAAACUUCACAGACGAAUGGGGCAACUAUACGAACUACACGACCGUCGAGCCCUACACCGGUCCACCCACACUCGGGUACAACAGAAGAGAGUGCAUGCUUGCCGCUGUAGGGAUUCCUGUACUUCAUGCUGAAUCGCAAUAUGGAGAGGUAGGAUCAUGGAUGCGUGACUCUCACCCGCAAUCCGAUCAUAUGGCUCAGAAACGCUGGGUAACCGACGGUUACGCUUCGCCGGUACUCUUAUGA